CAGAAACAGCGUGAUAGCAUCAUGGAAUUUGAGUUACGCAAGCUAAGAUUCAGUUUCCUGUUUUACAUUUACGAACCUUAAAUUACUAAACAGUGUUUCAGUUGAACUGAUUUAAUCCGAUCAAACAGUUUGAUACUUUCUCUCAAUAUUUUUACUUACGAAAACUUUUCAAAGAUGAUUUUACGAACUUCUCUCCACAGAUCGCAAUGAACUAGGAGGACUCAGCAACAAGAUCUAUUUGUUGACAUAUUUUUAUGUAUGUCAGAUGUUUAUAUUUUGAUUGAUCUUCGUGAGUAAACUGCUUGACGCAGAAGUUAUAAAAAGAUUUUUUGAAGCAGACUACCUAAGUUUUUCCUGAUUACUCAAGCAUUCAACCUAAGAAAUUUCCACGUUGAUAUGGAAGGCUGUAGCAAAGCUCCAAUAAAAAUUUACGGUAAUGAUGCACUGUCAGCAAGAGUUGCUGCAUUUCAGCAGAAAGCUGAUCAACAUCAAAAGAAGCAGAAGUCAAACCCUUUCUCUUCUUCCGGCUCAGUUUCUGGGAUGGCGAAACCAAUAUGGGAUAAAAAUGACCCUCGUUAUGGUAAACCCGAAGAAGGAUCUAAAACUGCACAACGAGGUUUGGCAGCUGGUUCCCACAUAAGCAAUGAAGUUACUUUUCUGUGUGAAAUGAUACAUGAGUAUGGCUAUCCUGAUGAAGAUGGUACAGUUGCAAUAACUUUUGGAGAGCUUUUUCAAAUAUACACUUCAAUAUCAAAUAAAGUUGUUGGAAUUCUUUUAAGAGCUCGUAAACAUGGUCUGGUUCAAUUUGAAGGUGAGAUACUGUUUCAAAGAAGAGAUGAUGAUGUCAUUAUCACACUUUUAAAGCCUAUCAGUGAGAUAGUUCCCAGUAGAAUUAUGAAACGUAAGCAUGAAGAAAAUUCUGCUGUUAUGUCACCAGAAGAAUAUUAAGUUUGCUAUGAUUGCAUAAGCUGAUAAGUUGCACAUGUUUGUAA